UCACUGUCAGUUCUGCAAACGCCAGCUCACAGUCAGAGUGAGGGGGGAAAACGGAUAUACGCAGAUAUUUAUUUUAACCAACUGGGCUGAUACUGAAACACUAACAUCCUCUGAAGCUGAGCAGGAAAACAAGCCUUUAUGCUUCAAGUAUUAUACUCAUUUUGGGGCUCUGUCACAUCUCGUUCGUGUGUGGUAUUUCUGAUCACGUCACAUUCACUUCGUGUAAGCCGAGGGCAGUUUCCAGUUGAUCUGAGGAUCCUAAACUGGAGCAUUGUGACCGGUUGCAUUUUGAAACUUUACUCUUCAUCCUACUGAAAAACGAUGUUUGAGAGUGUGUCCAUUCGAGUAAUGUGUUUGAUGGUGUUUUUCCAUCAAGGAAUUGGAGGUGAGGACACGAGGCAUGUCACGGGUUACAUUGGCGAGUCUGUUGUCUUGCCAUCAGAUGCUGAUCCCUCAUGGUCUCUUAGUACAAUUCGUUGGUCUAUCUAUGGAAACGUCACAUUUAUUGCAGGCUUUCAGAGCAAAAAAUUGAAUGUUGACCGUUUUCCCUUAUUUCGUGGACGCCUUGAGCUGAAUACGUCUUCAGGCCAUUUAACAAUUAAAAAUGUAUUAUCCAGAGAUGCUUUAAAAUACAGAGUGGACCUGGUAGGCGGAAUACCCACUCAAAGGAAGAACAGUUUUGUUCAGCUUUCUGUUCAGGAACGACUUGAUAAACCAAGCAUACGUCUGCUGCACAGUUCCCUGGAUUCAGGGUAUUGUGUGAUCUCUCUUGGCUGUUUAUCAAUGAACAGUAAAGUUUCUCUUUCUUGGAAGCCUGAGCAUGGCUUCAGUGAACCCUUCUGGAGCAGCGAUCAGGGAGACUCUGGUGAAUCAGUGCUGUGGACAUCUUUCACACCCAACCGGGUAGUAACCUUCUCCUGUACUGCUGAUGAUGACCGUCGUCAAGAAUCAUCCAGCAAGAGUGUGACAUGUACAGAGCCAGAACCAAGAAGAAACAACACUCAGCCUGGAAGUACUCAAGAUGUACUCCAUGGUAGAAUCACUGUAGGAUUGAUAGGAGCAAUGUUUGGAGGAAUUCUUGGAUGUUUGGGGACAAUCAUCUACCAGAAACGCAAAGAACAACUUUCAAGAUCCUGAACCAGGUUCUUCAGUUUUACCAACUGAUUUACUGAAACUUCAUCCCAGAAAAUCUGAACUGCUUUUCAUCCCCGCAUCAGUAUCUUGCAAUCUCCCUGGACAACUCUCUGAUCUCACAACAUCAGAAGGAUUCAACCGUUAUAUCCACACAGGCCACUCAAGUGCUUGUUCAGUCUCCUGUCAUUUCGAUACUGGACUACUAUUGCAAUUCGCUGGUGGCAGAUCUGCUUGUAAGCUCCACUGAACCUCUGCAACUGAUCCAGAAUGCAGCUGCACAACUUGUUUUCAAGCUUCCUAAGUUCUCCCACACCACCCCAUUGCACCUGCUUGAAGUGGAACUCCGUGAAAAUAGACUCAAUCGUUUGUGCUCAGUUUGUACUGUUUUAUCUCACUAAAAGUUUACUUUGUGCUGCUUCCGUUUUUAAAAUAUUAGACAUUGAAUUAUAGGCGCCAUUCUCCUCUGUGUGAGCACCCUUUUAGAGGCGAAUUGCUGAAGACUUUUUCAAGACAAAUCAUAUCAUUUUGUUCAAUAAACAGUUCUCUUUACUUUU